AUGGGUACCGUCUGUCGGCCAUCUUGUUUUGUACCCGGCUCAAGAAUAGAUUGCUUCAAUCCGCAGGCGCGUCAUGCUGAAAGUCUCGGAGUUGACGGUAUCUCCGCACUACCUCCUACCUACCAUAAGCCGCCGUCAGAAGAGCUCCUGGCUGACUAUCUGGCCGAGGUGGCAGCAGCUGCACCUAACACACCAUUUCUCUACUAUGAAUAUGACGUCGCCUCAGGCGUAUACAUGAAUAUCUCAAAGCUGUUGAACAUGGUAGACGAUAGAAUUCCAACGUUUUACGGCUUAAAGCACACCACAGCUGACCUUAACUCAGCGCUCAACUGCACUCUGGCCUGCAACAGAAAAUAUAAAAUAUUUUAUGGAACUGAAACGCUGUUCUUACCAUCCCUCAGUCUUGGCAUCCCUGAUUGCAUCACUUCGGCGUACAUGGGCCAGUUCUUCCGCGAUGUAAAAUAUUCCGUCGCCAAGGGUGAUUUAAAAUCCGCCCAAGCUGCACAGGUGAAAGCCCUGCAGUUAAAAAACAUUCAAAAUAAAUAUGGCGGAGGCAUCACUAGUGCCAAGGCGAUGUUUGAACUGAUAUCCGGUGUCAAGGUCGGAGGUCCUAGGUUACCGUUGCCAACCAUGGAAUCACGUGACAUGCAGCUGAUGAAAGCAGACCUUGUUGCUGGCGGAUUUAUUAAGGAAAGCACUGUGAAAGGAAUGUGAAAACUAUUUAGUUAAACAUUUGUUCCAGAAAUUUUUUUGUUAUCAUGGGCAAUGGAUCAAGUUGAUAAAAUGAACACGAAUUCAGACAAACUGCCGUGUAUAAAGCCUUAUACCAGAACAUGCUUUUUAAUGUUGCAUUCUAUAAAAUGUGAGGGCAAGAAAAUGAAGGGAGUAUGUGAGGAAUGUGUGAGGAAGAUAAAAGGAAAUCAACUAAAUAAUUACAAUCAAUGACGGUCACAUAUGUUAAUCAAGAAAAUAAUUUGUUUCUCGAUAUAUAUUAUGUUGAAAUGAAGUAUACCAUUUAAGCUUUUGAUUAAGUAUUGAGUUCAUUGAAGUAUUACACAAUAAAGAAUGAUGUUUUGAUUAAGUAUUAAGUAUAAAUUGUGGUAUUAAUUGAAGUAUUAGAUAAUAACCUAAAUAUCAAUUUGAUUAAAUAUUGCUUCAUUAAUGUAUAAAUGUGCUUUAGAUAUAUGUACUAAAUGCUUCAACGUAUUUUGCUGAGUAUUUGAAUCUCGUGUGGUGUUUGAUUAUUGAUGCUUUAUGCACCAUAAAGAUAUAUCUGCCAUGGAUUUUUGGUAAUAAAACGUUUAACUUAAA